CACAGCAUUUCAGAGCUACCAGCGGCGUUUACAGCGAGCGAAUAGACUCUGAUUUCACACACAGCACAGGGAGGAGCCGGCAUCAAUGUGUAACCGCGCGCAAACACGCUGAUGCCCAUGCACAGGGACAAAACAGGAGGCGGACAGAGACUCCAGUUGCAGUAUGUCCACUUGCUGCAGUCAGACAUGUAGGAGGAGUACCUGCUCUGCUUGCUGUUCCAGCUCCCGUUUAGUCCUUUAAGCACCUCCCAUCCCCCCCGGGUGCUCGCUCCCUGGUCUGCGGUUGCUAAGGGGCUGGCUGGAAUGACCCGGGUAAGUAGGAGACACAAGGAGAUGCACUAGAUGGGGCUGCCAACUGAGAGGACUCUCUGAUCCUUGAUCCCUCCUCUUCUCCAUGCUGACACACAGACAGAGGAGCUCUGAUCCCCAAUACAGAUGUAUGCCCAUAUAGGAGGGCACCGCUGUGCAGACCAAGGGUCUUCAACAGGCACAGCUUGAAAGGAGAACCUCCACAGAAACGCAGAUACACAUACUGCAACCUUAAAUGUGUUUGUGGGAGUUUCCUGCUGAAGGGAAGACUUUCUUACCACCAGUCAGCAUUCAGAGAUCCACUGACAUGUUAGAGGAGAGCCAAGAUGGUAUGGACAGUGGCACCCUAAGUCCUCCCUCAGUUCGACAGGUUAUCAUCAAGCGCCACCCGACUCAAGGCUUCGGCUUCAUAGCAGGCAGCCAGAGGCCUGUCAUCGUUCGCUCCGUCUCUGACGACGGCCCCUCCUUCGGAAAGCUUCUCCCUGGAGACCAGAUCUUGGCCAUAAACGAAGAGACGGUGAGCGACGUGCCCCGAGAGAGAGUCAUAGACCUUGUAAGACGCUGCAAAGACACCAUAGCUCUUACUGUGCUGCAGCCCCAUCAGUCUCCUAAGUCUGCCUUCAUAAGUGCAGCCAAAAAGGCCCGCCUGCGAACCAACCCUCCUAAAGUGCGCUUUUCAGAGCAAGUGUCGAUCAGCGACCCGGACUCAACAAUGCUUAAGGACGACUCCUUACUGCUCAUACCUAAUGUGUUAAAGGUGUUCUUGGAGAACGGACAGAUUAAGUCAUUUACGUUCGACAGCCGCACCACUGUGAGGGAUGUGAUCUCCUCCCUGCAGGACCGCCUCUCAUUGCGCUACAUUGAGCACUUUGCUUUGGUGCUGGAGGCAGGUGGGCUGGACCAGAAUCAGAAGUUGCAUCUGCUGCAGGAAAACCAGCCGCUGACACACGUGGUGCACAGAACCUAUUUCCAGGGGAUGAAGUGUCUGUUCCGUGUGUGCUUCUUCCCCAAGGACCCUGCAGAUCUGUUAAGAAGGGACCCUGCUGCAUUUGAGUACCUCUAUAUACAGAGUCGCAAUGACGUUAUCAAGGAGCGCUUUAGCUUGGACUGGAAAUCUGACGUCAUGUUACGACUGGCCGCCCUCCAUAUCUACAUCACCGUGUCCUCUGCCAGGCCUAAUCAGAAGAUCUCGCUCAAACAUGUUGAAAAAGAGUGGGGACUAGAGCCUUUCCUUCCACUCACUCUUCUUCCCACAGUGAAGGAGAAGAAUGUGUGCAAAUCCUUGUCUCAGCUGCUGAAGACAUACCAACAUCCACCACCGUCAGGGAAUAAGGUUCCUCCACUCCAGGGAAAGCUGCAGUACAUGCGAAUACUCAACGAGCUCCCACCUUUUGGUGGAAUACUGUUUCACACUGUGGGACUGGAUGAAAAACAGUCUGCCACGACACUACUGGUGGGGCCUCGACACGGCAUCAGUCAUGUAAUUGACCUGAAAAACAACCUCACAACAGUUCUGGCUGAAUUCAGCAGGAUUUCCAAGAUCCAGCUUUACAGAGAGAGUCAAGGAGUGGCUCGUGUUGAAGUAUCAAUUCAUGAAGCCAAGCCUCUGGUUUUACUCAUGGAAUGGCCUGACGCCAGUAACUUUGCGUGCCUCAUCUCUGGCUACUAUAAGCUAUUUGUAGACCCCAAACGAACCAUCUACGUUCGUAACUUUGGUCAGUCUCAGCUGACCAAGCCAGAUUACAGAAGUUCCCAUCAUCCCCACCCACGAGCUGGGGCAGCCGGAUUACAAAGUGGAGGGCGGCGAGGGGAGGAGAGGGAAAGUUCGCACAGGGAGUCAGGAAGUUCAAGAUCCAUGGUCCCUGCAGAACCUCAACAUCUAGGCUUGUGUCACAUCCACCUUAGAGAGCAACAGCAAUUUCAGGAGCUCCAAGUGCACCCAGAGGCAGAACUCGACAUCAAUGAGAACUUUAUCUCUCGUGAGCCCCCUGGUCGACCCCGUACCAAAUCAGAUCCCACACAUGAGAGUACAGAGGAAAUAGCUGCGGUGUUAGAGAGCCCAGCUGUGGAGAACACAGGAUUUCGAGUGAGGGCCCAAACAAUGGUUCAAUCAAAGAAAACCUCACGGUACUUCUGUGACUCCUGCAAAGCCAGACUAAGGGCCGAGGGUCACUCAGCGGCCGCAAACAGCAGUGGCAGCUCAGGGAGACAUUGCUCCAGCGCGUGUGCCUCUCGAGAUGGAGGGGCUGUAGACCUCAUGGCCCUCCCACCUCCUGGAAAUGAGGAAGAGGAGGAGGCAAAUGGUGGAGGGGAAAAGCUGCAACCACCACCUCCUGCCAUUGCUGCUCCACCACCUGGCUUCAGGGACAACAGCUCUGACGAGGAUGACCCAAAAAGAGCAAAGAAAGCACGAUCCAGUGCAAGUGUUGAGACUGCCACAGGAAAGCUGCCACAAGCUAAAGAAGAUGUGCCUGUGACACUGAUUGAUAAUGUGGCCACAAGAACAGUUCGAGAUCAUGCCCAGGAGCUUGAUGACGCUUUGGUGUCCACUUUACAGGCCCUUGAGGCUUUGGCAGCCUCUGAGGACUUCCCGCAUCACCCUCAACAACCAACACAGACUGCAGGGUUGAUUGUCUUAGCUGCCAUUACACCUGAGUCUUCACUGGAUUCAGGUCAUGAGACCAACUCCUCUGAAUUGACAGAUGUUUCUGAGAUGGUGUCAGCAAUGAAGCAAAACCAGAACCAGGCAUAUCUACUAGCUCACCAUAUCAACAAGGAGCGUAUUCUCUGCCGCCGGGACUUCCCCAUGGCAAUCCCUGGCUGCACAGCAAAGACCAUAGGGACUGGGGCCUUUACUGUGGGUCAGAUCCGCGCUGGUUGCCCACCCAAGCAAGUAAUCCUUAGCAAGACUGUUCCCUUUAAAGUGAGCCCCACCCAAGAUUCAGCAAUUCUUAGGGUCGUGACAGAACAAGGUGGCAAUCAAGACAGUUCUAAGACUGAACAGAAAGCAGAAUUAAAAGCAAUCUCUGAGUCUGCCAAAGCAAACGCCUCUGACUCUGAUUCAAAGCCACUAGAAGUACCGAAAAAAACGGAUACAUCAUUGACACCUCAAGUUAGUGCAGAUCAGAAUAUAUCAAACUCUACAGAAGUAACGCAGUCUCAAAAUCUCUCUGACGGUGUGAAGAUGAAGACAGCAGCACCUCUUACUAUAAACACAAUACACAAAGCCUUACCUAAAAUUUUGCCUGUGGACACAAGUGUCUCUGCCAAAAUCUCCCCCACUAAUAUGUGCCAAGAAGCCACGACUGCCUCCAGUGAGACCAUGAAGCCUUCAAGCUCCGCAGAACUUCUGCCAGUGGAUGACCUGUUCUGCACAUGCCCAGUACAACAGGAGCCUGCACCUCAACUAAGGCUAAAAGACCCACAGGUUCAAAAGAUAGUCGUGUUUCAGUCAUCCUCUCCCACAGAUGAUGAGCGUCUUCGAGCCAAAGGCCUCCAACUGGCAAACAGCAAAGAAAACACAGCAAGAGCAGGACCAGAUCCUAAUUUGGCAAAACCAAGCCCUCAAAUACAAACCAAGUUAUCGCCUCAUUUGCCUGUAAAGGCAGAAAGGAAAGAAACAUCUGAAAACAAGAUUGAGGCUGCCGUCGGGAAAUCCCGCACAGAGCCACAGGAUCAGAAAUGUGCCAUAAAAUCCUUACCUAUUUUAGAUGAUCUCACGAGCCCAAGUCCCAAUGUAGAAAAAGUCUCCACUCUUCCAGCUGGAGACUCAAAGAAGCAGGGCAGUGGUAAGAAGGCACAGCGCAAUGCCCCAUUCUUGAGCUUUAGAAACCUUCUUUCGGCAACAUUUCCUGCAAGAAUGAGAAGAGAGACAGAUGAACGAAGAGCACAGCUGCAAAAAGUCAGGCAGUAUGAGCUAGAGUUUUUAGAGGAACUGCUGAAGCCCAAGUCAUCACAAGGAGAAUUUAUACCCCAAGGAUCUUCUCCUGUGCCAUCAGGCACUCCUUGUGCCUGCCAGCUCCGUACCAGCCCUGUCCUUAAAGCUCCAGGGAUUUCCAGGGAGCAGCGACGCAGUUGUGACUGUAAACGAAUGUGCAGGGGCAUGAGACUUCCUGAUACACCAGUUGGCAGUGCUACAGAGACAAAAAAUCGAGGCAGAGAGAGAACUAUCUCAAAGACCCCUCCAGCUGUUUCCAAAGCCCCUCAUGCCCAAGGUGCCCCCAAGAGACCUCAAACUUUAGAGAUCAAGACUACAAGAAUACGAUCUACCAGUCUUGAGUCAAGAGAGCCAAGAGGAGACCAGAGCUCUUGCGUGCCUACUUGUACUUCUCAAACUGACUGCAUGGGAGCUCCACAAUACAAAAAGCUUCAGAGACGAUACAGUAUUGGGGAGCUGGACAAUAGUUCAAGCACACCGGUGUAUGCUGAAGUGAAGCCAAAAGCCAAAAGUCUGGAGAAAGAAAUGGAAAGAGUGAGAGCCACGGGGCUGAGGCUACCAAUUCCUGUAGAGCCAGUUCACACGCAGUCUCACCAGGCAGAGGGGAAGGGGAAAAGGGGUGUUUUUUUCAUUCAGGGAGAGGAACUGUUACGUGAUACUAAAGAAGGGACUGGGGAGGUUUUGCUCACAUUGCCCAGUGAAGACAGCGAUGACAAAGACAAAUGCUGCUCAUUCUGUUUCUGUUAUAGGAAGUGUGAAGCUGCAGAUGAAAGCAGUGAGAAAGAUGAACUUUCAUACUCCAUACCCCUACAGGUCCUUCCAGGCAUGGACGUUGACUCGCGUACCUUUCCAGUUGUAAGUAAAACACUCCAGGUCCUAAAUGCAGAGGACUGCAGUGGGGAAGAAGAGGAGGAAGAGGAAGAGGAACCACAGACACAGGAUAUUGACCUUAGAACCUGUGGAACACUGGAGGGGAGCCUUGCCCGUGUACAGGCUCUACAGGGGAAAAGUUUCAGUUUACCUGAUGGUUUUCUAAAUGCCCAGCUAGAUGCUAAUGAGUUGUUAGCUAUCCUACGACAGUGUGCCAACAGCCCACAGGCCGAAGGUGAAGCUCGUCUUCAGUCAUCACGGAUUGCAGAGUACAAACAGGAACUGGCGGUGCGAUUCAAAGAGUUCAGGGCAUCAUGUCGGCGAGUGGCAAGUGUUGAAAAAAGCCCAACACGAAUGCUAGCUGUCGUUUCAGAUAGCUUCCAGGUGUUGUGUGAACUGACUCAGACCUUCAUCAAACUUGUCAGAGGAGUCCGCUCGGAAGCCCAGAGGCUACAGCUGUUGAGGAAAGUCGAGGAGGUUGCUAUCAACUACACUUUGCUUCUCCGUGCAGCGGAAGAGUCCAUGGGGCACUCAAGUAGUUUGCCAACAAAGACAAUGAGCCCUCAAAUUUGCUCCAAUACCAAUAACAUGAGCUCACUUACACGACCCAUGAAAACUCUGCCUGCCCAGUAGGAACAAAUCUGGCAGGAACGUGUGGAUGGCUACUCUGUCCAAAUUCAUUCUUUAUUUAGCGUUUACAAUUUUUACUACAUCAGCAAUGAAUCAUCCUCAGUAACAAUUGCAACUAUUUCAUCCCAUGUUUACAGGCCCUGAGGUAGCCUUGUUUUGAAAAAAUAGAGAUAUACCAAACCAAUGCACAAUGGAGUAAGAACUCUACAGCAGACUGGGUGACACAGGGCUAAUCACCUCAUAUAAACAUUCACAAUACAGUAUAUAUAUAUAUAUAUAUAUACAUAUGAAUUGUUCUAGUAAAAUAUUUUAUAUAUCUAUAUAUUAUGUAUAUUUUAGUUGUGUCUAUAUAGCAAAUAAUAUAAAGUUUGUGAAGAAAAUAAUUAUAAAUUUAUUUAAAUAUACUGAAGUAAUAUAAAUAUAAAAGUGAUAAUACACCAGAAGUAAAUGUAUGCAGUGGACAAAAAUAAUUCAGAGAUCUUGUCACGUAGCGACUUCUGUAAACUGAAUAGUCCAAAGGGUUGGCUGGUUAGGUUUUGAUGUGUUUGUGGAAUUUGUCACCUGUUGUAAUGCAAAAUUGAUCUCUGUUGGCUGUGCUGGCAAUGUGUGACAUACAAAUGUGGGGCAAAAUGUAAGGGAAAGAGUUGGAAACAGCAAAGCACUGAACAAGAAGUAUAAAACAGGCUAUACUGAUGACCGGGGCCCCAUUCUCUCAUUACAAAAACGCAGGUAUGGAACACACAUGUUUAGAAGCAGACAAUGUAGCAGAGACCCAAGUCACAGUUUUAUCCACUGUACAGUUAUGAGUGGCAUCACCUCACUCAGCUGUAAAAAAAAAAAAAAAAAAAAAGAGAGCUAUAUAUAACCCGUAACACAAACUGUGUACUUACACCUUUAUCAAUUCAUGACUCACUUGCAUCUCACUGAUUGUAAAUCACAGAAAAAAAAAAAAUCUUCACUAGCGAGUGAGUAAGCCUGUGACUAGGAUUUUGCACAACCUCAAAAUGAUUUCUGGAGUUAAAAUGUAUCCUUUAAUGUUUACAUAAGUGUUUUUGAUUCAUUCUGCUGCUGAAAACCUUACUUGAGUCAACAUUGCAACAACAGUUCAUCUCCUUAAUGCUAAUGCUGACCUGUUUCAAAAUACUCUUUAAUUUGUAUUCUUAUUUUCAGAUACGAAAUAAGAAAAUCUGCUUUCUAUGUGCUGUUACACAUUGUGCAAUUUAGCAAAUAUUUAAACACACAAAGUAGUUUUCUAUGUAUUUUAAUAAAACUAACACACCAUU